UCGCGAGACUGAGACCAGGAAGACGCCUGCAGAGCCCCGCUGCUGGUGCAGCAGUGGCUGAGGUAGCGGGUGCUGCUGCAUCCGGACCUUCUGCCUCCGAGCCUACUCUGGUCUCCGGGUAGGGAGGUGGGACGUGGCCAGGCCAGGAUUGUGGAGGUGCGCAGUGCCCGCUGAGGCUUAGGGGGAAUCCAGGCUGCGGCCUGUCAAAGCCAGUUAGGGAGGCGCCCACAGUCCUGACAGGAUAAGAUGGCGGCAAUGGCGCCUGGAGGUAGUGGCAGUGGUGGCGGCGGUGUGAAUCCAUUCCUCAGCGAUUCGGACGAGGACGACGACGAGGUAGCGGCGACCGAGGAGCGGCGGGCAGGACUUCGGCUGGGUUCCGGGAGCGGCCUAGAUCCUGGCUCUGCGGACUCGCUAUCGCCCCAAGAUCCCGUGGCCUUAGGGAGCAGUGCGCGGCCAGGGCUCCCUGGGGAGGUGUCGGCGGCUGCGGUAGCAUUGGGGGGCUGCGGGGAGACCCCUGCCCGACUGUCAAUUGAUGCGAUCGCGGCUCAGCUGUUGCGCGAUCAAUACUUGCUGACCGCCCUGGAGCUGCACACCGAGCUGUUAGAGAGCGGCCGCGAACUGCCUCGGCUGCGCGACUACUUCUCCAAUCCAGGCAACUUCGAAAGGCAGAGUGGGACCCCGCCGGGGAUGGGGGCGCCGGGGAUCCCUGGAGCAGCCGGCGUUGGAGGCGGAGGAGGUCGGGAACCGAGUACGACGUCUGGCGGGGGACAGCUCAAUCGAGCUGGAAGCAUCAGUACUCUUGAUUCUUUAGACUUUGCAAGAUACUCAGAUGACGGUAACAGGGAAGCAGAUGAGAGAGUGGCAGUCCUGGAGUUUGAACUACGGAAAGCCAAGGAGACCAUUCAGGCCCUCCGAGCCAACCUGACAAAGGCUGCAGAACACGAAGUUCCUUUACAGGAACGAAAAAAUUACAAAUCCAGUCCUGAAAUUCAGGAACCAAUCAAACCUCUUGAAAAGAGAGCUCUAAACUUCUUAGUCAAUGAAUUUUUAUUGAAGAAUAACUACAAGCUUACAUCAAUAACCUUUUCAGAUGAAAAUGAUGAUCAGGAUUUUGAACUCUGGGAUGAUGUAGGAUUAAACAUUCCAAAACCUCCAGACUUACUGCAACUCUACCGAGAUUUUGGAAAUCAUCAAGUCACUGGGAAAGAUCUUGUGGAUGUGGCCAGUGGUGUAGAAGAAGAUGAAUUAGAGGCUCUUACACCAGUUUUAGGCAGCCUUCCUACAAGCCUUGAAACUCCUCAGACUGUAGAGAACUCCUUGCUAGUACAGAAAUUAGAAGAUAAAAUUAGUUUAUUAAAUAGUGAGAAAUGGUCUUUGAUGGAGCAAAUCAGAAGACUUGAAAGUGAAAUGGACUUCCUCAAAAAUGAACACUUUGCUAUCCCAGUAGUUUGUGACUCUGUUCAACCUUCUUUGGAUCAUAAAGACUCUGAAGACAGUGGACAGAAUCCAGUUAUAAGUAGCUCAGACAAGCAAAAAGACAAAGAUAUCCAUCUUUCAAAGUCAGAUGAAGUUGAUUCCACUAUUCCUAAGGAGAAUUUCCCAAAUUCUGUCCCCAGGAGAGAAAAAGAAGAAAUGCCAUCUUCUUCUCCAUCAAGUAAAAACACAGUCCAUUUUGAUAAACCUAAUAGGAAAUUGUCUCCUGCUUUCCACCAAGCUCUACUCUCUUUUUGUCGAAUGUCAGCAGAUAGUCGCUUAGGAUCAGAGGUGUCUCGGAUUGCAGACAGUGAGAAGAGCGUUAUGUUAAUGCUGGGGCGCUGCCUGCCACACAUUGUUCCUAAUGUGCUGUUAGCAAAGAGAGAGGAGUUGAUCCCCCUCAUAUUGUGUACAGCGUGCCUGCAUCCUGAGCCUAAAGAAAGAGACCAGCUUCUCCACAUACUUUUCAAUUUGAUCAAGAGGCCAGAUGAUGAGCAAAGGCAGAUGAUACUGACGGGUUGUGUGGCAUUUGCACGUCAUGUUGGACCAACACGCGUAGAGGCUGAACUUUUACCACAGUGUUGGGAACAGAUUAACCACAAAUACCCAGAAAGACGACUGCUCGUGGCAGAAUCCUGUGGAGCAUUGGCACCUUACCUUCCCAAAGAAAUACGUAGCUCCUUGGUUCUCUCAAUGUUGCAACAAAUGUUAAUGGAAGAUAAGGCAGAUUUAGUAAGAGAAGCUGUGAUCAAAAGCCUCGGUAUCAUUAUGGGAUACAUUGAUGAUCCAGACAAAUAUCAACAGGGUUUUGAAUUGUUGCUGUCAGCCUUGGGUGAUCCCUCAGAAAGAGUAGUUAGUGCAACACAUCAAGUAUUUUUACCGGCUUACGCUGCCUGGACUACAGAACUUGGAAAUUUACAGUCUCAUCUUAUACCUACAUUGCUGAACAAGAUAGAAAAACUUCUCAGGGAAGGAGAGCACGGGCUGGAUGAACAUAAGCUCCACAUGUAUCUUUCUGCUUUGCAGUCCUUGAUCCCAUCUCUCUUUGCAUUAGUGCUACAGAAUGCACCUUUCUCCAGCAAAGCCAAGCUUCAUGGUGAAGUGCCACAGAUAGAAGUGACUAGGUUCCCUCGGCCUAUGUCGCCUCUUCAAGAUGUAUCUACAAUAAUCGGAAGUCGUGAGCAAUUGGCAGUGCUACUGCAACUUUAUGAUUACCAGCUGGAACACGAGGGGACAACAGGCUGGGAGACUUUACUAUGGGUUGUCAAUCAGUUGUUGCCACAACUUAUAGAAAUAGUUGGCAAAAUUAAUGUUACUUCAACUGCCUGUGUCCAUGAAUUCUCCAGAUUUUUCUGGCGCCUUUGCCGGACAUUUGGCAAAAUUUUUACAAACACUAAGGUAAAACCUCAGUUCCAGGAGAUUUUAAGACUGUCUGAAGAAAACAUUGAUUCCUCAGCAGGAAAUGGGGUCCUCACUAAAGCUACUGUCCCCAUUUAUGCAACAGGAGUCCUUACAUGUUAUAUUCAGGAAGAAGACCGAAAACUGUUAGUUGGAUUCUUAGAAGAUGUAAUGACCCUGCUUUCAUUAUCUCAUGCUCCUCUUGAUAGCCUGAAGGCUUCUUUUGUGGAACUGGGUGCAAAUCCAGCCUACCAUGAGUUACUGUUAACUGUUCUAUGGUAUGGUGUUGUCCAUACAUCAGCACUUGUGAGAUGUACUGCUGCUAGAAUGUUCGAGCUGACUCUUCGAGGCAUGAGUGAAGCGUUAGUUGACAAGCGGGUUGCUCCGGCCCUUGUUACCUUGUCCAGUGAUCCUGAAUUCUCUGUCAGAAUUGCCACAAUUCCGGCCUUUGGCACUAUUAUGGAAACAGUUAUUCAGAGAGAGUUGCUGGAAAGGGUGAAAAUGCAGUUGGCUUCUUUUCUGGAAGAUCCUCAGUACCAAGACCAGUAUUCUUUGCAUACAGAGAUCAUAAAAACGUUUGGUAGAGUUGGGCCUAAUGCAGAACCGAGGUUCCGAGAUGAGUUUGUUAUACCACACUUGCAUAAGUUAGCCUUGGUGAACAAUUUACAAAUUGUGGAUUCUAAAAGACUGGAUAUUGCUACCCAUCUUUUUGAAGCCUACAGUGCACUUUCCUGUUGUUUCAUUUCAGAGGAUUUAAUGGUUAAUCACUUUUUACCUGGUCUCAGAUGUUUACGGACUGACAUGGAACAUCUUUCUCCAGAGCAUGAGGUCAUUUUAAGUUCCAUGAUAAAAGAGUGUGAACAAAAAGUAGAGAACAAGACCGUCCAAGAGCCUCAAGGCUCAAUGUCAAUUGCUGCAAGCUUGGUGAGUGAAGAUACGAAGACCAAGUUCUUGAACAAAAUGGGCCAGUUGACAACAUCAGGUGCCAUGUUGGCCAAUGUGUUUCAGAGAAAGAAGUAAAAGCCGGAAGGAAGCCCCAGUAAACACUAAGAUGGACUCAAGCAGACUGCUUCCUUGUACUUGAAGUACUUGCCUUUUUUAUUUCCUUGUUGUAUGUUCUUGCAUUAUAAUUUUAUCCUAACCUCCAAAGAUAUUUGCACUGCUUUUGAUUAUUGCUGUAUAUCUGUUAAUUUUGGAGUUAUAACUGUGGUGAUAGAAAAUUGGGUUUAUAGUCUGUACCAAGUCCCUCUUCUAUGUUCUUGUCUUUCGGAAUAAUUUUUUUUUU